GGCAAUACCACACCAUGUUAUUCCCUAAUUCUAUAAAUAACAAGGUGUGUUGUUGCCUUGCAGCGUCAUCUUGGGGCGAUGCUGUUCUCGCAUAAAAGCGUGUCGCGCGUUGCAAAUUUCAGUUUUAAGGGAAAAAAUUGUGCUGUGCUUAUGCAACUAAUGAUCGAUAUAAGGCGUAUUGAGGCAACAAACUCGAUUAAACACUUAUUAGAAUAAAUCUGGUUGGGAUAUAUUGAGAACUGACCUCAUAACAAAGCAUUCUGUAUAAAGAUGUGCCACUCUCCAUUGUGAAUUCAAUGCCUGGCCAGGAUGAUUCUUUUAGGUCAUUGGCUCUCAAACUUUUUAAUCCGCACCCCCCUUUUAGAAUUUGUCAAAUCUCGCGCCCCCACUCAUAAUUAACUAGCUAACAAUAAGUAAGGCAAUAGUUUUUUUUUUUUAAUCAGCUUCACACCCCUCAAAAAAUUUACGCCACCCUUGUGGGGCGCUCCACACCUUUGAGUACCACUGUUUUAGAUUGGACUGUUACUAUUUUACCUCUAUCUAAAUUGACUUCAACUUAAACCACUGUGUAUGUAGUCUUAAAAUGUAUAUUUUCUUUUACAUAUGUGUAGUAUAUUUAAUGCCAGCUUUUCUUCUAAAUCACAUUUUAGAUGAUAAUACUUUAAUUUGUUUUACUUGUAGAAAUGAUUUCAGAUAAAAAUAAGAAAUUAAGACAAAAGAAGCCAAAACCUUUGGUAAGGCUUAAAAUUAAAUUAAAACAUAGUAACAUAGCCAGUAUACUGCAUGAUUGCCACCAGCUUUGGGAAUCAUUGACAAUUCAAUUCACAAAUCUUCAAGGACAGAGCGAACUUGAAAAGGAUUUACCAAAGAAAUGGGAAAAACAUGGAGAUUUGAUUUUGCUUCCUCAAAAUUGCUUUACAAAUCCGGAGUGGCACGAAAUAAAUAAACAAGCACUUUGGGAAGCUGUUGCAAAAUACUUUGGUGUUGAAAGAAUUGCCAAGAAAGACAGAAUUUGCAGUGAUGGACAUAGAACACCUCAAGUAUCUUUAUUGAAAGGAGAAGAUCCCUGGGUUUGCCAUGUUGAUAAUAAGAUCAGAUAUUCAUAUGAUGUGACGAAAUGUAUGUUUUCAAUUGGAAACAUCACAGAAAAAAUGAGAAUGGCUAAGCUGGACUGCAAGGAUGAGACGAUAGUGGAUAUGUUUGCUGGUAUCGGUUACUUCACACUCCCUUUGUUAGUCCAUGGGAAAGCAAGAUAUGUACAUGCAUGUGAAUGGAAUGCAGACGCAAUACAAGCUCUCAGGAAAAAUCUGGUCGAUAAUAAAGUUGUGGAAAGAUGUGCUGUGUAUGAAGGAGACAAUAGAAAGGUUUGUCCAGAGAACAUAGCUGAUAGAGUUUUGUUGGGUCUUAUACCAACAGCUAUGGAAAGCAUUAAAGCUGCCUGCAGAGCUCUGAAGAUCGGUUCUGGAGGAAUACUACAUAUCCAUCAGAACGUAGAAUCAAAAAUAAAUAAACAGAAUGAAUAUGUUGCGAUGGAGAACAAUAUAUCAUGCAAUAAGUCCCAUGUGUUGACUGAAUGGAUAUUCUGGGCUAAAGAAACUGCCCAAAUAGUUAAAAAUACAAUGCUAGAGAUCUAUAAAGAAAAAAGUUUAAAAGCGAAUAUUGAAACACAGAUUAUCCAUAUAGAGAAAGUGAAAUCUUAUGCUCCACAUAUCGACCAUUUAGUGUUAGAUUUGAAGGUUAUUACUUAUCGAUCUUGAUCGGUAAGUAUGUUGAUAGGUAAUUUGUCGGUCUGUCUGAUAGAUGCACGCGAUAUCUCAUGAGAGCGAGGUUGAAUCUGCUCCAAAUUUUGCAUGUGC